AGUCCCCAUCCUCCAUCGAUAUUAAGAUGACCGCCAACCUAGCCCCCACCCCAUGCUGUGAUUGUGGGCGCCCGUAUCCAGCUGGCGUCAAGUUCGAGACGUGCAAAUCGGCUCCCUUCUUUCCCGAAGCGCGCGACACGAUCAAAGCAGCGCUGGCUAAAUAUGACGCCGAGCUCAACGCCAUCUCGGACUACAUUCACGCCAACCCGGAGCUUUGCUGGAAUGAGACAAAGGCGCACGCACGUCUUACCUCGUUUCUCUCGGGGGAAGGCUACACCGUCGAGGGCUUCGACCAGUACCCUACGGCCUUCAAAGUGUCCUACUCGCGCGGCAAUGGACGUGUCUUCGGUCUCAAUUCGGAGUAUGACGCUCUGCCGGGCAUUGGGCACGCAUGUGGACACAACCUGAUUGCCGUGACGGGCUUGGGCGCGUUUCUUGCCAUUCGGGCAGCGAUGGACGCUCAUGAUAUCAGUGGUACCGUCACGCUAAUCGGCACACCCGCCGAAGAGGGCGGCGCGGGCAAGUGUGCCCUCUACGAGGCGGGUGCGUACAGCGGCAUCGGCGCCUGCAUGAUGCUUCAUCCAGGUCGUGGGCUGGAGCACGUUCAAACGAGCGGCACCGUCAUCCGCUCGUACGCACUCCAAGGUUUCGAUGUCGAGUAUAAGGGCAAGCCCGCGCAUGCUGGCCUGUCGCCCUGGGAAGGAGUGAAUGCUCUCGACGCCGCAACGACGGCAUAUACUGCCAUCUCAAGCCUUCGCCAGCAACUUACCCCCGAUACCCGAGUGCAAGGCGUGAUCACAGAUGGAGGGUCGGCUGCAAACGUCAUUCCGGACCGUACGGCGCUGUCGUACAUUGUGCGCACCAACACUGCCAAGCAGCUCAGUACGACUGUCCCUCGCGUCAUGGCAUGCUUUGAGGGUGCGGCCACGACGUCGGGAUGCACUGUAAGCACCAAGACUAGCCACAAGCUCGACGAGCUGCGUAACGUCGAGGCGCUUGGGGAUGAGUACGCCCACGUCAUGAUGGAUAUGUUUGGGGACGCGCCGGGUGGUACCCACAUUGAGCUUGCGUACGGCGAGACCAUGGGCGCCAGCACCGACUUCGGGAACAUUACCCAUCUCCUUCCGGGGUGCCACCCCAUGUUUGGCAUCCCCACGGCGCCGGGCGCGUUCAAUCACAUGCCUGAGUUCACCGCUGGUGCCGGGUCCAAGGCGUCCUUUGACGAGAGCAUGAAGCACACGGCUGCAAUGGCCGCCGUUGGGGUGCGUUAUCUCCUUGACGAGAAAUUCGCAGACUCAGUCACUACCGGCUGGACGACAAUGAUGGAGAAGGUUAAGAAUGAGUAG